AUGACAAUUAGAACAGCCCGUCCAAACCGGGGGCAACAUUUCUGGCCCCGUAUGCACUGCCUAAAAAAGCUGGAGGCCGUUGUGGUGGAGAUGCAGGACUCAAAAAGCGGGGUCAAAGGCUCAGAGCAGAAACUCAAUGUCACCACCAUCCCACAUGUCAUCGCUGGUAAGGACAUCAUCGCGUGGAUUGCCAACAAGAUGAAGACCACUCCAGAAGAGGCUCAGGCCUUUGCCACCAUGUUAGUGGCCUAUGGCUACAUCUACCCCCUGCAGAACCACAAGAAGCUGGUCAUGUGCAACGAUGCCAGCCUCUACCGCUUCCAGACCCCGUACUUCUGGCCUACACAGAAAUGGGUUGCAGAGGACUCUGACUACGCCAUUUAUCUUGCAAAGAGGAACAUCCGCAAGAAAGGCCAGCUAGAACCCUACGAACAGGCACAUUACAACCACCUUCAUGAAUGGCUGAACCACAAGUGGGACUUUAUCGUGAUGCAGGCCACCGAGCAGUACAAGGCCGGUAAGGAGAGGAAGAAGCCGGAUCGUGUGGUGUUUGACUGCCAGGAGAGGGCUUACUGGAUAGUGAACAGGCCACCGCGUCGCACUCACAGUGCUAUGGACUGUGGUCCCGAACGUCUUAUUGAUCCCAACACAGAUGAGAAAAUCAGCUUUGACAUAUACAGACGCAUGAACAUAUUCUAUCAACAAGCCAUCAUGAGGUCAAAGGUCAAAUCUAGCGUGUCCCUCGGGGCACUGGUCAAGUACGUCACGACCUACAAAAACCACGACCCGUUCCUGGCCCCCUGUCUACCCAGCAACCCCUGGCAAACAGACAAUGACACAUACUGGACGCUCAACAUGAGGAGAGUUGAUGUCCCCACUAAGAUGCGAGUAGAGCGCUGGUCCUUCAGCUUUUUCGAGCUGCUGAGCGACCUGAGAGGCAGAGACGACUUCAAGGUCUUCCUCAAGAAAGAGUUCAGCGGUGAGAAUUUGGCUUUCUGGGAGGCAGCUGAGGAACUGAAGUUGGGCUCUGCAUCUUCCAUGUCAGCAAAAGCAGAGACCAUUUUCAAGACCUUUCUGGCCCCUGGUGCCCCCCGCUGGAUCAACAUUGAUGGCAGGACAAUGGGUUUGACGGUGAAAGGCCUGGAGCAUCCUCACCGCUACGUGCUGGAAGCAGCCCAGACACACGUCUUCCUGCUCAUGAAAAAGGAUACUUUCUUCCGUUACCUCAAGUCACCGGUAUACAAGGACAUCCAGAAGAAGGCCAUGAGCCCUGAACCUCAUAACUUCAGUCCGGCCCAGCUGGAGCAGAAUGCUCAGAACCGAAGCCCGGGCAUCCAUCCCAUCAUCCUCUGGCAGCAGGAGGAGGAAGACAGAGCCAAGGCUGCUGCUGCCGCCGCUCCUGUCGACGUCAAGGCCAUGAUGAGCAAAAUAGACAGGAAGAAGUAGAGGUGUACAGUGGAGGGGUCCACAUAUCACGUCAUCCACAAAGUACCAACGCAGGAAGCAGCCCUCGAUUAGGGUCUGUAUGUACGCUGUACAUAAGGAUUUGCUUUGCUCUCCAGUGUCAUGCAAUGAAUGUUGUUCUAGUUUAGCAAAUUACCAAAUGUGAAAAAUGCAGCUUUCAUCAUGAAGGAUUACUGAACCGGCCUAACAGGCACACGGCCCCCUGACCCCUUGAGCUCCUGGGCAAGCGUUAACAUUUGUUGCUGGGAUAUGCAGAUACCAAAUGACUGUCUUGUUCCUUUGUAUAAGGGGUGGGGGGCCUUUUAACAAGAAAAAAGACACGUCCAGAAUUGGCUUGUAAAUAUCAAAGAUCAGAUAUACCACGCCAUAGAGUCUGAGCACCUCCAGAGACGUGCAAAUACAAAUAUUAAUGUCAAAAUUUGUAUGAACAAAUUAAAUUUAUCUCAUGUUGAAUACUUAAAAACACUUUUUGGAGAUUCAAAAUAAUAUAUUAUUAUCAUUAUUAUUGUACAUUAGCAGCUUUGUCCAAAGCAAUUGUCUGCUUUUCAC